AUGGAUGAUUCAAAUGGAACACAUGAACAUAUUGAGGACGUUGUGGAGGUAAAUGAUUCUGCAGAACCAAGUCAGAAAAAAACUAAGUUAACAUCAGAUGUGUGGCUGUAUUUCAAAAAAAUUGGCAAAGCUAAAGAUGAAAUUGAAAGGGCUGAAUGUAAAGGGUGUAAGAAACCAUUUAAGGUUGGUUCAACUCCGGGACCCAAAGGUAAAAUGUUCUUGAAUCAAGAAGGUAAAAUGCAAUCUAGAAAAAUCGAUCAAUGGACACAUCGUAGUAUCCUUGCUGAAGCUGUCAUUAAGCAUAAUUUGCCAUAUUCUUUCGUCGAGUAUGAUAAAAUUAAGUCUUGGGUAAAUUAUAUAAGUCCAGAUGUUAAGAUGCCUUCUAGGAACACUUGUGUUGCAGAUGUCAAGAAAGUGUAUAUCCGAGAGAAGGAGAAACUAAAACAAAUCUUAGCAAAAAUUCCUAAUAAGGUAUGCUUGACUUCUGAUUGUUGGACAUCAUCUAACUCUGAGGGAUAUAUUUGUUUAACUGCCCAAUUUGUUGAUGAAAAUUGGAGGUUGGCUUGUAAAAUUCUUAAUUUCUGUCGUAUGUAUCCUCCCCAUACUGGAGUUGAAUUGGCUACUGCUAUAUAUGACUGUUUGAAAGAAUGGGGCAUAGAUAAGAAGGUACUUUCAAUCACUUUAGAUAAUGCCACUGCCAAUGAUAGCUUACAAAAUAUUUUGAAAGGCCAUCUUAGGUUGCAAAAGAGUUUGUUGUGUGAUGGUGAGUUCUUUCAUGUGCGUUGUUUUGCUCAUAUUUUGAAUUUAAUUGUUCAAGAGGGUUUAAAAGCAGCUAGUGAUUCCUUGUUUUCAAUAAGGGAAAGUGUUAAGUAUGUUAAAGGAUCGGAUGGGAGAAAACAAAAGUUUGAGCAAUGUGUUAAGGAAGUUGGAAUUGAAACAAAUUUUGGUUUACGUUUGGAUGUAUCAACUAGAUGGAACUCGACAUAUAUGAUGCUUGAUAGUGCACUCCAGUAUAAAAAGGCUUUUGCUAGUCUACAUUUAAUAGAUAGAAAUUAUACUUACUGUCCUACAUUGAAUCAGUGGAGAAGGGCGGAGAAAAUAUUUCAAUUCUUGGAGCCUUUUUAUGAGACAACUAACUUGAUUUCUGGUUCAAGUUAUCCAACAUCCAACUUGUAUUUUAUGCAAGUUUGGAGAAUUGAGUGCAUGCUUAAUGAGAAUUUGAAUAAUGAAGAUGAGGUUAUUAAGGAAAUGGCUUCAAGAAUGCAUGAAAAGUUUAAAAAAUACUGGACGCUAUAUAGUGUAGUGCUUGCUUUUGGAGCAAUCCUUGAUCCUCGCAUGAAGUUGCAAUUUUUAAAGCUUUGUUACUCUAAGCUGGAUUCGGAAUUCAAAGCAUUUGAGAAUGUAUCUGCUUCCAAUGAUGGAAAAUCAGAACUGGAUAUUUAUUUAGAGGAGCCAAAACUUGAUUUUGAGAAGUUUCGCGAAAUGGAUAUUAUCAUGUAUUGGAAGAAUUAUUCUGGAAAAUAUCCUGACUUAUCAGUAAUGGCGAGAGAUGUACUUAGUAUCCCGAUUACUACUAUAACAUCAGAAUCAGCAUUCAGUAUUGGUGGUCGUGUUCUCACCAAAUAUAGAAGUUGCAUCCAUCAUGAAAAUGUCCAAACACUUGUUGCUACUCGAAAUUGGUUGCACGACUUUACUCAAACUCAAAGUGACGAAGAUGAAGAUGACAAUGUUAAGGCAAUUUUAUCAUAA